UCGAUACACCAAAGUAAUAAGUUAUAUGAACAUACUGCGUAUUGACCAGUCGCCAAAACAAGCCGUUUCGAACCAAAUACGAUGCCGUGGAAGGAGGAACGACAUCGGCGGCGGCUGGCCGAAUGGGGGCGACGCACCCGCGAGAGCUGGCUCCUCCGAGCUCGCGGAAUGACGUCACUUCCGCGGACCGGCCACAAAAGGCGCCAGACUCCUUUGCGUGAACGCCACAGAUGCAGCAAUCUGUGGCCAAAUUGCAGGAGGUCAAAGGCCGAGGAAGGCGUAAAACGGAGUACAAUUACGACAAGGGAAAACAGGGAGUCCCUCUCAAAAGUCAGGAAAAAAUACAUUGCUUCUCUUUGGAUUGAUAGAAUACGCUUUUUGGUGCUGACGAAACAGCAACAACACGUCGUGAAAAUCCAAUGAGUUUGCGUCAUCCUUUCGGUGUCCGUGCAUUGACUUCUCCGGGAACGUCGACCUUCCCAACAUGGCCGCCAUGUCUCGUCAUAUGGAAAGGGUGGAGCAGCCAAGUCACCGAUAGGAGGCGGAAAUCCACCGAACGGCGUCUAAUAGGAUGAAAAUGAAAUACACGAAGAAGAAGUUCCACCUGAUCGUAAAUGGCAACAUCCGCCUUCAAGCCGACGUGCUGCUCUAGCGAAUGUUUGGACUUGACAAGUGAACAUUUCCGUGUACGUCAUUCAAUACAGACGAGACGAGACGAAACGCCACCGUCCAUUGUGCGUCUCGUUUUCGGUGCACUUUGAAGCCUCUACACUUAGCUUAGCUUAGCUUGUUAGCGGCGAACAAAGACAAGGCCGUAUUUUUUGUAUUUUCUUUUGGGCAUUUCGUCAAAAUGUGCAAAGUGAAAAUGCUGAGAGCUUUAGUCGGCCAGCGACUGAGUGCGGCCGCGGAGGAAAUCUUCGUGUUGCUGGAAAGAACCGUGAGAGAGUACGAGGAGGAACUUUGGCGAACUCAAGACGAGAACCGGCGACGAGGUCAACUGCUGGACGCUCUUUGCAAACCUCGCGUGGACUCGCGCGCGUCAGACGGCCGUCAAGAGGAUGUUCCCGCUGGGCGGCGGGAGUGGAGCUCCGGGAUGGAGGAGCCAACCAACACGGAGGCGGCGGAGCGAGCGCGGCGUGCGCAGCAGGCCGACAUCAGCGAGGUUGCCGUGACUGGUGUCAUUGUGAAGAGCGAGGAUGAAGAAGACGCAGACGAGCCCGAGGAGGAGAGAGGACCCCAAGCGGAGCGCCUCGACGCGCCGCUCUCGGACAACGGGGACUCUCGCGCCGGCGGCCAAGUCUUCGAGUGUUCGCUGUGCCGCGGAACCCUUGGCUACGAGGGCAACCUGAGAAGACACGGGCGAUGCCACGAACACUUUCGAUGUUCCCGGUGUGACGAAACGUUCGGCGACGUGACGCAUCUAACCAGACACGCGAGAAGUCACGCGGGGGAAAAACUGUUCGGCUGCUCGGUGUGCGGCGGAAGGUUCACUCUGAAAGGCAACUUGAGGCGACACGCCAAAACGCACAGCGGCGAGAAGACCUUCUCGUGCUCCGUUUGCGCUCAGUCCUUUUCUUCCAAGUCCGACUUGAGGACGCACGCAAGAAUACACGCCGGAGAAAAACCGUUUUCUUGUUCGGUGUGCGGCAACGCUUUCGCCGUCCGCCCGGCAUUGAUUCAACACAUGAGAACGCACACCGGUGAGAAACCGUUCUCCUGCUCCUUUUGCGCCAAACGUUUCUCGCAAAGAGCUCACUUGAUUGCGCACAGACGAACGCACACGGGAGAAAAGCCUUUCUCGUGUUCCGUGUGCCACGUCCGCUUCGGCGUCAGCUCCACGCUCAUUCAACACAUGACGACGCACACCGACGAGAAGCCCUUCCCGUGCUCCCUUUGCUCCAAAAGAUUCUCCAGGAAGAGGAGUUUGACCGCACACGUUCGGACGCACACCGGGGAGAAAUUGUUCUCCUGCUCUGUGUGCAACGAGACCUUCGGCGUCCGGUCCACGCUGGCCAGACACAUGAGAACGCACACGGGCGAGAAACCUUUUGCCUGCUCCGUUUGCGGCCACAGGUUCUCUCAGAAGGCGCACGUCGUCCCGCACAUGAGGACGCACACGGGGGAAAAACCUUUCGCCUGCUCCGUUUGUGGCCAAACCUUCUCUCUGAAGAACACGCUGAAGAAGCACACCCGCAAACACACCGGGGAAAAACCCUUCGCCUGCUCCGUUUGCGGGGAAACCUUUGCCCUGAAAGGCACGUUAAUAAAACACACCAGGACGCACACGGGAGAAAAACCCUUCAGUUGCGACGUAUGUGAUAAAAAAUUUACAUAUAAGUAUCAAGUGAAGAAACACAAGUGUGCGGGAGAGGCAAAAGCAAAAGGCAAAAGCGGCAGCUUUCAAACACUUUCGAGCAGCUAGCGCUCACAUUUUUUGUGCAUAGACAGUAUUACAGUAUGUGUAAACUUUUAAAAGAUGGUUAAGAGUGUAGAAGGUUUAUAAGAGUAUGGUGGAGGUUAAUCGACGUGUGGGGAAGAUAAUAAGAGCGGGGAAGUUCAUACAGCUGUACAAUAUCUAUAAAUAAUCCAAAAUAUAGGUGUAUCAGGAUCAAAUUUGCUUUUUCGAGCAAUUACGAAUACACGAGAGAAAAGAAUCAUGAACGACCGAUUGGUUUCCUCUUUUAGAUCCUCAACAGUAUUUUGUCUCACAUUCACAUUUUCGGAAAAGGGCAUUUUCUUGUCUACAAACAUUUCCACGCGAGGCCAUUUCGAACAAAUUAUAAAUAGAUUUCAGUGUGAACUUGGCAUUUCUUGGAUCAAAAAACAGAAGGCAUUCAUUUGAAAAAAACGAGGGGCACAAGUUUGUCACGUUCUCUAGGUAGCGUUCGAUCCAAGUGCGGCAUCUCAGUCGGAACACUAGAGGGCACUAUGUAAACAUAUGACGUCAGAAAAGGGCGAGGAGAAGGACACGAAGAAGAAUAGUUUCAUGUGGAGUCGGCGCUCGCUGUGUGCUGAUGGAUAAAAAAUGAAUAAAAUAAAAUCCUAAUUUCUUACAAGACUAAUUGUUGAGAACGCGACAGAGACGAAAGCGGGACUGUAAGUGACAGGAAGCCGUUCGCGUAGCCGCUCUCAAAGCUAGCAGCUAAUGCUAACGCCAACGCGCAUAUACGUGACGUCAUCCGCGCAAUCCGCGCAGCGCAAUGUGGAUUUUGUAGUUUUGGGCGCUCGUACUUCUUUUCCAUUGGUAUUUUUGGAAUGAAACCGUGAAUUUGGGUUGCGCGUGAGGCCUCUUGGUCAAUUUCUCCACCGGAGUGUGCCCAACAGGGCGUAUAUUGUUCAAGAUAAUAACUAUACACAGAAGUCACAAAGUGGAGAGAAAUACUUCGACCUAAUUCAUGAGAAUUCAUGAAGGCGUUUGACAUUGUCACGUGUCGUGUUUUUCCAGUUGUAAAACAGGAAAUUGCACAUAUCGCGAGAGAAAGAGAAUGCGACGAAGUGUUGGUUUUUCGGUGCAAAGGCUUUUUGGAGUCCAAGUCGAGUUGCAAAUCUUUGAAUAUAUCGUCAAGUCGAAGUUGAUUCUGAAAUCAUUAAUAUGGCAUCAAUUCAUAUAUUAUAUACAAAUGAUAUAUACGUGCUAAAUUAUGAAGUUGGGAGGCUCUGAAUGGCCCUCACGGCACACGUAGUACCGGCCAAAAGUCACAAGAUGGCAGCAAAGACCAUAUGAUGGCCCGCCCAUCAAAAUGCGCAUAUACGGUCGCGUCAAUUUCACGUCACCGUCUCCAAAAAGUCAUUUCAAAAGGACACGUCAUUAUAGAGGGGCACUGCACACACGCACAGGGAAAUGUGUCAUGAUUUAAAAUGUGUACUUUUCAUGAUUAUAGCGAACAGCCAACGACAACCCCAAAUUCGCCAUCUGUGGAAACCAGACUGUCAUGGAACGAACAAUUGACACGUGGGAUUUCCAAGGAGGUCUGCGAAAUGGGACCUUCCCCGUUUCGUCUUUCUGCUUUUCUUCCUUUGUGCUUUCAUUUGUUUGACAAUUUUUUUCUCGUUUUGCCCUUCCAGGCCACCGUACCAAAUAAAACCUGAUCCACUGAA